UUAAUUAGUGAUUUCUCUCCUCUCGUCUCUCCCUCGUGGCUCUGCCUCUGGCGCACGCCACUUAAAUCUCUCUUCUCCUCGUUUUGUUUGUAGAGGUAACGAGAAAGUGGGUCUAGUCAACCAGCCACGUACUCCCUUUGGUAUGGUUGAUUAGAUAAUAGAUAUGCUUCGUAUUCUCAGUAGAAGACUCGGAAAUUCUGUACUCAGUAAUGGAAUUGUUGGGUCAAACUCGACUUCUUAUUUGAGCUUUCUUGCUACUAGCUUCUCUUCACCUGCAACGACUGUUCUGAAAAAAUCUGAAAAUGGUAAUUCUUUUACGGUAUCUUACCUUGUAAACUCAUGUGGGUUGUCCCCAGAAAUUGCCAUUGUUGCUUCUCGCAAGUUAAAGCUCAAAAACCCAGAAAGAGCUGAUUCUGUAUUGGCAUUCUUUAGAGAGCACGAAUUCUCGGGGACCCAGUUCUCAAAAAUUGUUAGGUUGCGGCCUCGGAUUCUUUCAUCGGAUCCGGAGAAAACUUUUUUGCCAAAGUUUGAGUUUUUCUACUCAAAAGGGUAUUCAAAGAAGGACCUGGCGAGUCUUAUAUAUUCUGAUACUCGUAUUUUGUAUAGAAGCUUGGAUAGGAACAUUGCACCUAUUUACAACCUACUCAAGAGUGUAUUGCCUAAUGAGCUGUUGGUCUAUGGUUCGAAGCAUCAACGGGUGCCCUUACUUAAAAAUUGGAAAUCUGUGACUACGAAUCUUUGGUUGUCGAGAGAUUUAGGUUUCACUAAUAUAGCUUUUAUAUUGCAAAAUUUUCCUGAGAUUCUGAUCCUGAAGCCUGAAAGAUUUAGUAGUAUUGUGGAUAAGGUUAAAGACAUGGGAUUUUGUCCAAAGAAAUUCACUUUCUGGUUUGCAGUUUGCACUUUAUCUAGGAAGGAUUUUAAGAAAACUUGGAACCGGAAUUGCAAGGCUUACAUGCGGUUUGGUUGGUCCGAAGAUGAUAUUCUAAAUGCAUUUAAGAUGCACCCGAAUUGCAUGGCAAUGUCGGAAAAUAAGAUAGAGAAAUCAAUGGAUUUUCUAGUAAACAAGAUGGGGUGGUCGUCGAAAAAUAUUGUAAAGUGUCCGGUAAUUCUAUUUUACAGCUUUGAGAAGAGAAUUCUACCGAGAUGUUCUGUUGUUCAAGUUUUGUUGGCGAAGGGGUUGAUCAAAAAAGAUAUCAGCUUUUGUGGCGUGAUACAAAGCGUGGAGUCAAAGUUCUUGAAGAAGUAUGUGACCAAGUAUCAUGAGCAUGUGCCUACGCUGUUGAGUGUUUACAAAGGGAACACAGAUGUUAAAGAUGCAUAACAAGAGAAACAUGCUCUUAUCUUACUCUUUUGUUUUUUGUACAAGUCACAUGCAUUGCGAAGAAGAGUUUGAUAUGCUAGGUAUAAAACAAUUUGAAAAAUCAUGUGGCACAACACAAGGUCUCUAAAAACUUCUCUUGUGUACUUAUAUUUUAUGCAUUCUGUUGAUAUAUGAACUUUUGAGUUCUGAUCUGCUAGUGCUUUAGUUUGCAUUACAACUUGAUUGAUUUUUAACAAAGUUUCUCCUACAUUGUAGUGGUGCCAAAUUUUGCUUUGUGUAAAUUUUCAAUACUUUCAAAAUUUUGUUUUGUGA